CAGCGCGGGGAGCGGGGCCCGAGUGACGAGUUAGUUUUGCUUCUAACCCCUAUUUUUCUAUACAGACCCCCCUCGGUAAGGAUUUGGCGUUCCCCACGCCGGGCCCCUCGCUCGCUGGGACUGGGAGGGAAGCCGGACGUACCUGUUCCGGUAGUGAGCCCAGCGAGUGUUUUCUCCCCGUAGCGACACAAAAGGCAGGAGGGCGGGAAUUAGGCCAGUGGGGGCUGUGGAGCUUGGGCGGCUCCUUCAGCUCCGGUCCGGAGCGCGGGCCUGGUCGGUACUUAAUGUUCAGAAGAUGUUCAGCGUCGCUAAGGCAUUUUAACCUGGCGCAUUGGGUUUGGUAGCUGUGCCUGCGACGGUGUUGUUUCGGGGUCAGUGAAGAGCUGUCUGUUAGGCCCCUGGGUUUAUAACCCCUUUGAGGGCAGUCUAAAAGUUGGUUUUAGUUGGUUGCCCACAGGAUUGACUUGACUACUGCUACUUAUUAAGGAAAAAAAACACCUCUGUUUGCAGGUGUGUGUGUUUCAGCGCAGCAUGGCUGUGGUCAUCCGCUUACAAGGUCUCCCAAUUGUGGCGGGGACUAUGGACAUUCGCCACUUCUUCUCUGGAUUGACCAUUCCUGAUGGGGGCGUUCAUAUUGUAGGGGGUGAGCUGGGUGAGGCUUUCAUCGUUUUUGCCACUGAUGAAGAUGCAAGGCUUGGUAUGAUGCGCACAGGUGGUACUAUUAAAGGGUCCAAAGUAACACUGUUGCUGAGCAGUAAAACUGAAAUGCAAAAUAUGAUAGAACUCAGUCGCAGACGUUUUGAAACUGCAAAUUUAGAUAUGCCACCAGCAAAUGCUAGCCGGUCUGGGCCACCACCUAGUUCUGGAAUAAGUAGCAGGGUGACUCUACCAACUACAGUACCAAAUUUUAACAGUCCUUCUCCUAGCGUAGUAACUGCAGCUACUUCAGUCCAUGAAAGCAACAAAAACAUACCAACAUUCUCUACUGCCAGUAUGGGAACUGCUCCUCCCAGUCUUGGUGCUACAUUUGGAAGUCCCACAUUUAGCUCCACUAUACCUAGUACAGCAUCCCCAAUGAACACAGUACCACCUCCACCAAUACCUCCUAUCCCAGCUCUGCCAUCAUUGCCCCCCAUGCCUUCUAUUCCUCCCAUACCUGUCCCACCUCCUGUGCCUACACUGCCUCCUGUUCCUCCAGUUCCCCCAAUACCUCCUGUGCCUCCCGUGCCACCUAUGACAUCUAUGCCUCCUUUAUCAGGAAUGCCUCCUCUGAAUCCUCCGCCUGUAGCACCUUUGCCUGCUGGAAUGAAUGGCUCUGGAACAGCAAUGAAUUUGGGCAGUAAUUUGAACCCAAUGUUUAUGAGUCCCAUGAAUCCUAUUCAGAUCAGUUCCCAAAGCAAUGUGAAAUCACUUCCUAUCAAUCCAGAUGAUUUGUAUGUUAGUGUCCAUGGCAUGCCCUUUUCAGCAACAGAAUCUGAUGUCAAAGACUUUUUCCAUGGACUCCGUGUGGAUGCAGUGCAUAUACUAAAAGAUCAUGUUGGACGCAAUAAUGGAAAUGGAUUAGUUAAAUUUUGCUCUCCACAAGAUACAUUUGAAGCCUUGAAACGAAACAGGAUGCUGAUGAUUCAGCGCUAUGUUGAAGUUAGUCCUGCAACAGAGAGACAGUGGGUUUCUGCUGGAGGCCACAUAACAUUCAAGCAAACCAUGGGUCCUUCUGGACAAAACCAUCCUUCUCCUCAGACUUUGUCAAUGUCCAAAUCGCCUAAUGGUCAGAAGAGGUCAAGAUCUAGGUCUCCUCACGAUCAGGGGUUCUGUGUUUAUUUAAAAGGUCUUCCCUUUGAAUCAGAGAACAAACAUGUUAUAGAUUUCUUUAAAAAGCUGGAUAUUGUGGAAGACAGUAUUUACAUAGCUUAUGGACCCAAUGGGAAAGCACUUGGUGAAGGUUUUGUUGAGUUCAGAAAUGAAACUGACUAUAAAGCAGCUUUAUGUCAUCAUAAGCAAUACAUAGGAAAUCGUUUUAUUCAAGUUCAUCCCAUCACUAAAAAAGCUAUGUUAGAAAAGAUAGAUAUGAUCCGGAAAAGACUUCAGAACUUCAACUAUGAUCAGCGAGAGAUUAUGAUGAGUGCAGAAGGGGAGACUGGCCCUUCCAAACUAUGCGCACAUAUAUCCAAUGUCCCCUAUAACAUUACCAAAAUGGAAGUCAUCCAGUUUUUAGAGGGUCUAGCAGUGGAAGAGAACUCUGUACAGAUCCUUGUUGAUACUAAUGGUCAAGGUUUAGGACAAGCGCUGGUCCAGUUCAAAAGUGAAGAAGAUGCUCGUAAGUCAGAGCGACUACAUCGCAAGAAACUGAAUGGGAGAGAAGUUGUGCUUAGGGUGAUAUCCCUUGAAGAAAUGAGAGAAAUUGAGAGAAAUCCUCCCUCCCAAGUGAAAAAAAUGUUGAAAAUGCAAGGAAAUGCACCGUUGCCAGGAGUGCAAAAUGCUGGUGGAGAUGAUCAUUCUUUCAUAAGUAGUGCAUCAAAAGAUGCAAGCAGUGGUCCUCCUUUUCAUUUUCCCAGUAACUUUGGUGGCUCUAGUGCAUUUGGUCCCCCUCUUCCACCUCCAGGAAUAGGAGGUGGUGGUUUUGGUGAUUCCAGACCAGGAUUGCCAUCUAUUGGAAGUAGUGGUUUGCCUGGCCUACCUGGUCCAGGAAUUGAUGUCCCAGGCUUUGGAGGUGGACCUAGUAAUCUAAGUGGGCCAUCAGGGUUUGGAGGGGGGCCUCAGAAUUUUGGAAAUGGGCCUGGUAAUUUAGCUGGUCCUCCUAGUUUUGGGAGUGGACCUCCUGGUCUUGGUGGCGGACUUGGACAUUUAAGUGGACCUCCAGCAUUUGGACCUGGCCCUGGGAAUUUGCAUAUUACUGGUCCACCAGGUUUUGGAGCUGGUUCGGGAAAGCCAGGCCCAACUGUCAUUAAAGUUCAGAAUAUGCCCUUUACUGUAUCAGUUGAUGAAAUUUUAGAUUUCUUCUAUGGUUACCAAGUAAUUCCAGGUUCAGUAUGCUUAAAAUAUAAUGAGAAAGGAAUGCCCACUGGUGAAGCAAUGGUUGCAUUUGAAUCUCGUGAUGAAGCAAUGGCAGCUGUUGUUGAUCUAAAUGACAGGCCAAUAGGAUCGAGAAAAGUCAAACUUAUGGCUCACUGCGUGACCAAGGUUGAACUGUCCAUAUGCUGUGAUAAUCUCAUUGAUAAAGAUGUUGGCUCAAAAUCUGAUCCUCUCUGUGUCUUGCUUCAAAAUGUUGGUGGAGACCAAUGGACUGAAUUGGAUCGAACUGAGAAAAUAAAGAACUGCCAGAACCCUCAGUUUUCGAAGAAGCUGAUGAUUGAUUAUUAUUUUGAAAAAGUGCAGAAUCUGAAACUUGGAGUGUAUGACAUUGAUAACAAAUCUUAUGACUUAAAUGAUGAUGACUAUCUUGGAGGGGUUGAGUGCACAUUGGGACAGAUCGUGUCAAGCAAAAUAAUAAUUCGACCUUUAGAACUGAAGAAAGGAAAACCUGCAGGAAAAGGCACCAUUACGAUUUCUGCAGAUGAGAUUAAGGACACCAGAGUUGUAUCUAUGGAAGUUGAAGCUCGGAAUUUGGACAAAAAGGAUUUUCUGGGCAAAUCUGAUCCAUUUUUGGAGUUUUAUAAACAGAGUGAUAGUGGAAAAUGGCAGCUUGUCUACCGCUCAGAGGUGAUCAAGAACAAUUUAAAUCCUUGUUGGCGGAAGUUCAGUGUCCCUCUGCAGACAUUUUGUAGUGGUGAUUUCAAUACACCGAUCAAGGUGCACUGUACAGAUUAUGAUAGUGAUGGGUCACAUGAUUUGAUAGGCAGUUUUGAAACUAGCCUAUCCCAGCUACAGAAGGCAUGUGGCAGCUCUCCGGUAGAAUUUGAGUGUAUUCACCCUGAAAAGAAGAGAAAGAAAAAGAGCUACAAGAAUUCUGGCAUUGUUAGGGUGAAAUCCUGCAAGAUUGAAACAGAAUACUCUUUCCUGGACUACAUCAUGGGAGGCUGCCAGAUUAAUUUCACUGUGGGUAUAGAUUUCACUGGCUCCAAUGGUGAUCCAAAGUCUCCUGAUUCUCUUCACUACAUCAGUCCAAAUGGGAUAAAUGAAUAUCUCACCGCCAUCUGGACUGUAGGGAACGUGAUCCAGGAUUAUGAUACAGAUAAAUUGUUCCCUGCCUUUGGAUUUGGCGCGCAGGUUCCUCCAGACUGGAAGGUGUCACAUGAGUUUGCACUGAACUUUAAUCCUACAAACCCCUAUUGUCAAGGAAUCCAAGGAGUUGUGGAUGCCUAUCGCCAGGCAUUACCACAAAUUCGUCUCUAUGGGCCAACAAACUUUUCUCCAAUCAUAAACCAUGUUGCUAGGUUUGCUGCUCACUCCGCUCAACAAAAUACUGCUUCUCAAUACUACGUCUUGCUGAUAAUCACAGAUGGAGAGAUUACUGAUCUGGACCAAACUCGGCAAGCCAUUGUGAAUACUUCCAAACUGCCCAUGUCUAUUAUUAUUGUUGGAGUUGGCAGUGCUGAGUUUAAGGCCAUGGAAUUCCUGGAUGGAGAUGAUGGUGUCCUAAAGUCCUUAGCAGGGGAGCCAGCUGCAAGAGAUAUUGUUCAGUUUGUGCCUUUCAGAAAAUUCCAGAAUGCUCCUCGUGAGGCUCUUUCCCAGACAGUCUUGGCUGAAGUUCCCAAGCAGCUGGUGUCCUACUUUAAGAUGGUUGGCCUGAUUCCUGUGAAAUUACCUUCAGAAAAACCAACAUAAAGCAAAGACUUUUAUUUUCAUUUAUUACAUAGGAAAGGAAGAGUCUUGUUUCUGCUACUCUCUGAUCAGCAGAUUACUAGACCUAUUCCUUUGGGAAUGUAUGGGUAUCUCAAGUUAUCUACAUAUAUAUAUUAGGAACAGGUAUAUCUCCAGGCAAUAUAUUAUUAGUGUUCUUGGCUAUUUGAAGAAUAAUGAGCAUCUCUAUUGCUUACUCUGGUCAGAAGUGUUUGCAUUCUAUGCACUUACAUAUGCUGUGCAGCCAGGGCCAGAUUAACCAUUAGGCUGAUAAGGUUUUAGGCCCUCCAUUUCCCAGCUCAACCACAAAGUUCAUUUAGUGACCUUGGGGAAAUCACUGUCUCUCAGCCUGACACUCUUAACAGGGUUGUUAUUGUGAGAAUGAGAGGGAUGAGAAGUCUAUGUGUGUCCCCUAAGCACUUUGGAGGAAUGUAAUAAAGCUAUUUUUUUUUAAAAAGGCAGUCAGGGUCAGUAAGGCACUUUGAAAAGUAAUAUGUGAAAAUGCCAUUUAGUAGUAUAGCUUCUGAAGUCGUAUAUACAUAGCAGAAGCAAUGUCAUGUGAUGCAAAGGGCAUAUGCUCAGGGAGGCUCUGAAUGAAGAGACUUUAGAUCUUAACAAUUUAUUUAGGACACAAGACAAAAUGGCUGCUUCUGCAUAGGCUGUCUUCUCCAGGAGCCAAAAGACCCCUCCUUCAGCCAGAAGUAGCUGGCCCCCUACAGGGAGGGUUGCCAGAUCCCAUUGUUGGUCUGACUGGUGGAGUUGGGGGGCAUUCUGGGGGGUGGACAAGGUGUCACAUAAUGUCUCUGACACAAGGUGUGACCUAGAAGUGAUGGCAUCAUGUUGGGGACAUCACAAUGGGGCUGCUCUGGUUUUGGAGCAAACUCUAUGGUUGAAUUGGGCUUAAACCAUAGAGUUUGGCCAAAAACCAGUGUCCCCUGCAUGACAUCCUCAACACAAUGGUAUCAUUUUCCAGGUCACGUCAUUGCGUCAAGGAUGUUGCAUGGUGAUAUCCCUGUUUAAAAGAUGGGUUUACCCCUCCAGCCAGCUGGUCUGUGGCGGGGAGAAGCCCUCGAAAUUUGGGGAUCACCCACUGGGACCUGAUUGCACCUUAAAGAGACAGUGUCAUAUUUCAGUGAGGUUAUAAGGAGGUGGUAGGACUUGCAGCAUGCUGCUUUGUCUCCAUAUGGCUUCUUGUCCUGGCCCUUCUAUCUCACAUUGUAGUCCUAUGCAGAGUAAUUUUGCAUAGAAUCGCACUGUUCAUGGGUCACGCCUCCUUCAUAUUUUUAUUACUCAGAUUACAUGCCUUCACUGAAUAUUUUGAAAGAAAGAAUAAUCACACUAAGGUAGGUUUAAAGAUUAGCAGCAUGUGCAUUAUUCUUAGUACAUAAUUGUAGGGUUUUUUGUGCAGAAAUCCAAACAUAUCAUGCCACUUACAUUACAAGAACAUCAUAUAUGACAAUUAUUUGGUACCACAGGUAACCAAAAAAAAUUUUUUUUACUACAUAUGGAUGCCAUUCACUAAGAAAAACUGUCUUGGAAGUGUUGGAAAUAUAACCAGUAUAAUUUUCCAUUAUAUAUGUGUAUGGAUGCAUACAUUAUACCAUUUACAUGCUGUUACGUAGCUUUUCCUGUCUCUGAUUGGAAGGAGAAGCCUUCCUAUAUUGAUAUAUUCCAAAGCUGCUUCUGUUGCCUUAAUUUCUAUUGUGCCUUUAUGGAAAGCCACGGAUUUUUUAAUUAAUAUUGUUUUUUUACAAAGAAACUUUAUACUUUUUUUAUGAAGAAAUUUUAAAUUCAGUUCUAAAAAUCAAAUGUAAAUCAUUAUUUUCUUAUUCUGGUGCUGUAUACAUUCAAAUUCACACUUGUUUUCCAAGGGCAUUUUGGUCAUUGUAUUUCAAGCUGUAGGCAGUGCACUGAUGAAGCAGUGGGGAUACAUGAGAUCAUUGUGUAGUCCCCCAAUUUAUCAGAUGGAAACUGCAGGGGGAAAUGAAUGUCUCUCCUAUUUGCUUAAGCAAAUGCUGUGACAGCUUGAGCACAGCUAUCCGUGAACAAUCAAAGUAUGAACUUUUUUGCAUUAACUCUUAUCCUAUUGGCUUCAUUUGUGCCCAAAGCUUGAGUACCAGUUUCAUAAAACAGUGCCUGGAGAAAGACAGAAGAACUUCAUGAAGCAAGAGUUCAUAUCUUUUGUGGUAGAUUCCAACUAUGUUUUUGGAAAAUGCAUUCCACUUUUUAAUUAGGUGCCUGAAUUUAUUUUUUUUAAAUAGUCACUUUAACAUACAGGAUAAUAUCUCAUAAGGGGGGAAAUUUUCUUAUUGAGAAUUUUAAUGUUUAAUUUUGCCAAAGGUUAUUGACAUUUUGCCAGAACAUCAAAUCUGUUAAAGUUAAAUCUCUGCAUCUGAGACUGCUGUUUGAAGUAUUCUCUCAUUCAGCAUAUUCUGUCGUAUAGAAGUAUUCACUCAUUCAGCAAUUUAUUAUGUCAUGCUGGGUGCUUCAAAUCAUAGAUGUUUAAAUUACAAAUUAUAUAACAUUUUGCUGUCAAGUCUUGGGGUUCAUUGUUCAGCAUGUGGUAAAUCUUGCAUACCUCUUGAAAAAGGAAACUGAUUCCAGUAUAAUUUCUGGUGAAUUAUUUCUAUGCAGGUCAUUCCUAAGGCCUGAUCAACAGAUGUACCAGAAUGAGGUUUCUAAGUAGUAUAUUAAAUUGGAUUUCAAAAUAGUAGAAUGGGUUCUGCUGCUUCAGACUACAGGUUGGGAGCAUUCAACAUCUUUAGGGCACCUUUGCAUAAAUCAGAAACCUCCCUGCAAGUAGAAAAUUAGCACACAGAAGAAUAAGCUAGGCUAAAACUUUCCUCCCUGUUGAACUAGGUAGGGUUCAGAGUGUUUUUCUGAAUUAAAAUGGGAGGUACAUUUUAUUCAGUGUUUAGAGAGAGGUGAAUUAUUCAGUCUGUUCUUUGACAAUUGAGCAGUCAUACUCCUUACAAUUUACAGGACACCUGAGUUAAUGCUACCUUCUGACAUCUCCCUUUGUUCAAUACAAGUGUAUGGGUUGGAUCCAAUUAACUUUUUUACUGGUAAAGAAAGGAAGGAGAGGACUUUUGGGACACUAAAAAAAGAUGUUCCUAGAAUGGGGCUACAUGUAUAAAAGUCAAGAGGGAAAGCAACUGUAGUAGGGAGGGGAGUUGCAUAAGAUGGAGUCCAAAAGCUGGAUAGAUUCAACAUUUUAUCUGGAAAUACACUUGAACAAAUUAGAAUGGGAGUCUGGUCCAUUAGUGGGAUGAUAGUGUGUGUUUGAAUGAAUAAGGCUUUUGGGUGUGGGUGGGUGUGCAUGUUUAAACACAUUGCCAGUCUCUUGCACUGCUUGAUUUGGGUGACUAAUGGAGAAAGAAAAUAAGAUGCUUUUCUUGUGUACUGCAAAUUCCAUUAAAAUCUCUCAUUAAACUUUAA